AUGUAUACCCUUCAGCUGGAAAUAGAGGGUCCUCCAGAGCCUGGAAUAAGCGAUGAAAUAGUUCUUCGCGUACAUAUUCGGAUAUUCAGCAUUUCAGCUCAUUCUGACAUACCUCGAAUAGUAUUUUUCGGGUACCUUUCAAUAGUCGCCACUCGUGCCCUUGCGGUUUAUGAGUAUCUAAUGAAUAUUGCAGGAGAGGCGCAGCAGUAUUUGCAACCAACAUAUACGAGUGUUUCCGAUACCAACUAUGACAAUUGUAAAACUGUCCCAGUUGUUUCCAGUUAUUGCGUUUCGGGAACAUUUGGGAUUCUUCUGAAGACAAUGCUGACUGGAGGUGCAUUGUACUGCUUAUGCAUUAUCUGUGUGGCGUUCGCGAACAUGAUGGUGCUACUUCGGAAAGAGAGCUCCUUGAGCCUCAUUCUCCUGACCCAACAGGGCGUUCUCACUUGCAUUCUAAGCAACCGAUUUAUCUUGCAGCUUCGGCAUGUCGACCACGCACAAGUACCUUUAGUAGUGAUGCGACCGAAUUGCGAUGCACCAUUCAUACCUUCCAGCCACAACCUGCACCACCUCGGUCUCGUUCUUACUUGGUUAUUUAUUUCUACAUAG